CGAUGGCGUUCAGCGCGUCGUGGCAGCUGCUGUCUCCCGUGCAGUGGGCCAAGUGGACGUGGUCGGCGGUGCGAGGCGGCGGGGGGCCCGAGCAGGAUGCCCUGGCCGCCGGCGGAGACGGGGAGCUUCAGGCGGCGCCGGGGCUGGAGCUCGACGCCGACGAGGAGGACGCCGCCGCGCAGGCGGACACCAAGUCGCUGAGUCUCAGUUCGGAUUCGGAAGGCAAUUUUGAGACCCCUGAGGUGGAAACCCCGAUACGCUCACCAGGAAAGGAGCUCCCAGGCCAGUCCUUGCAGUUGUUCCAGCCUGAGAUCGAGUCUCAAGCAUCUCAUGAAGGUGACGUGGACUUUGUAGCCAAAGUUUUAGAGAAGAGUUUGCUGCAGAAAGACUUGGCUUCAGCAGAGGAUGAAUUGCAGGCAGACACUGCAGUCCCACAAGCUGACAAGGCGUUGGCAUCAGAACCUGAUGUUGGGCCUGGCAAGAAUUCAUCAAUGACUCCCUGCGUGCCAGCAACGGAACCGUCUGCAGAACAGCCUGCAGCCAUUGCAGAGGAAAGGGCUUCUUUGGAAAAGUCUGAUCAAGAACAAACUUUAGCAAGCGCCAUUACCCAAGGGGAACAACAGAGGACACCUUUGGAAGAUGCUGAGGUUGAGACUGAAGGGCUUACAGAAACCAAGCUGAGUGGAGAAGUGCUCGUUGUGAACAAAAGCAAACUCCCAAGAGCAAAACCUUUUGCCCUCCAGAAGAAAAUGGGAGGGGAGAACACUGAAAGCGAAGCAGCCACAGAGGGUAUCCCAGUCCCCAAAGCUUCCUACCGCUUUGACCCAGAGACAUACAAUGAAAACAUGAACCCAUUUGUGAUGGGAGGCUCUAGGCUCCAAAACUCUCCUCCUCCUUCUCAGCAAGGCUUUGUUCUUCCAAAGAGUGAUGCAAAGGAGUCCAAUUUGGGGGCAGCUGGCGAGCUGGAGGGCCGAGCUGUGAGACUAGAAUUUGAUUUUGUGGAAGGAGACGAGAGCACAGAGGCCAAGAAAGUCCCGCUGAAAAAACCCAGCAGAAAGCCAGCCAGCAGGUUGUCUCCUAAGAGGCAAAGAGGCGGUGCCACCCGACCUGUGGCAGGCACUGAGCAGGUAGCGAAAGCACCUGCUGCCGAUGCCCUUGAGGUGCCACUUCCUAAGGUCUCCCACCAGGUGGACAACAGCCAGUGGGAUGAUCCUAACUUCAACCCCUUUGUGGGCAGCUCAGCUUUGCAGAGCUCCCCAACUUUGCAAAAGGGUUCAUAUAAUUUUGAGAUGGCAGACCCUUUCAAGACUUCUGCUGACGCUGGAACUGACUCCUGCCCCACUGCAGAGAACAGCCUCAAUGAGAUUUUGGAGUCCCAGGUGCUGGAGAUCCAUGGAGGUGAACUGAAGAAAAGCUCAGCUUCUCCAAAGAAGGCCAAAUCACGGUUGAUAACGAGUGGCUGCAAGGUGAAGAAAUAUGAAACACAGUCUCUGGUUCUAGAUGUUUGCACUAAGGAUGAAGAAGAUGGAUCACUCCUAUCCCAUAUCCCAGACCUUCCUAAUCGGGAUGGACGUGCCACCGAUGAAGAGAAGUUGGCUUCCACGUCCUCCUGUCAGAAGCCAGCUGAGUCAGAGGUGAAAGGUGAGCCCGAGGAAGACCUGGAGUACUUUGAGUGUUCCAAUGUUCCUGUGUCUGCCAUAAAUCAUACGUUUCCAUCAGAAGGUUUUAAUAAGGAACUAUCCUGCACCCAGACAGAAGGCAGUGGUCUUAGCAAUAUACUGGGCAAUUCUGAGCUGUGUUCUGUGGAGAAGGCCUCCGGAGUUCCACCAUUAGGCAUGAGGGGAAGUGCUGAAAGCCCCCUGGAUGCCAUUUGCCUCAAUGAAUCAGAUAAGAUGGCAGUUCUAACUCUGAUCAGAGAGGAGAUCAUCUCUAAAGAGAUUGAAGCAAAUGAAUGGAAGCGGAAGUAUGAAGAAAGCUGGCAAGAGGUUUUGGAAAUGAGGAAGAUAGUGGCCGAAUAUGAGAAGACCAUUGCUCAGAUGAUAGAAGAUGAACAGAGGACAAACAUGGCAUCCCAGAAGAGUCUCCAGCAACUCACAAUGGAGAAAGAACAAGCGUUGUCUGACCUGAAUUCAGUGGAGAGGUCCCUAUCUGACCUGUUCAGGAGAUAUGAGAACCUGAAGGGUGUCCUGGAAGGCUUUAAGAAGAAUGAAGAAGCCUUGAAAAAAUGUGCUCAGGACUACCUGACUCGGGUCAAGCAGGAGGAGCAACGGUACCAGGCCUUGAAAAUCCAUGCUGAAGAGAAAUUAGACAAAGCCAAUGAAGAAAUUGCUCAAGUGCGUGCCAAGGCUAAAGCUGAGAGUGCAGCUCUACAUGCUGGACUCCGAAAAGAACAAAUGAAGGUGGAUUCUCUGGAGAGAGCCCUGCAGCAAAAGAACCAGGAGAUUGAGGAGCUCACCAAGAUCUGUGAUGAGCUGAUUGCCAAGCUAGGAAAGACUGACUGAUCCAUACUCUGUUGUCUAGCCCCAUGCUUGGACUGCUUCCCGUUUGUCUGUCUGCAUCUUCAAGCAAGCACCUUGUCUUAUUUCCCAGAAAUAAUCUUCCCCUGCAGCAGAGAGAAAAGCACACAUACAUACACCUAGCUUCCAAACUGAGCAAUUGCCAUCUGCAAGAUCCAGAGGCCUGGCCUAUGUUUACUUCCAGCAUUCUGCUGACACUGGCUAAAUUUUUGCUGCUAACUUUUAGCUGGCAGCCCUGAUGCCUUGUAUUUGUCCAACUUGGUAUAAGCAAGGCAUGCAUUAGAGAUGUAUUAUUUGCUACUUUGUGUUGAAAACAGGCGCCCAGGGUAUGGUAGGGAUCCAGUCCACAGAAGAUGCUGGAUUGCUGCCUCAAGAUCAGUAGCAUGGCAAAAGAAGCAUCACUGAUGAUGCCAUUUUGGUUGGGGGGAAUAGACCAGUAUCAGGUGCAGCUUGUGCCCCAUUUUUUGUUGCUGGAAAUGUAGUGUGACAAAAUGAAACAAGGCCAGCUCAAAUGCAAUAGUUUCAGCACACGGGAUGAAACUCAGAAUGGUUUCCAUGGAUGGAUCACAUGUGGGAUCCAAGCUGAAGUUCAUUAGCUCCUGGGAGGAUAAGUCUUAAGGGGUCAUGACCCAGCAACCAGGAAAAGAAAUGCCUGACUCCAUGCUAGUUCACAUCAGUGCCGUGGCAUAAGAAUGAGACUGGUCAGAAAGAGCACAUAUUUCCCAGAAUGCAGCUUCAAUGCAGGGCCUUUCAAAGUAGAGAGCAAACAUUAGAAGUUCAAAAUUAUGCAAUGAAAAUUUCUCUCCUUGGUUAAUCCAAGAUGUACCCUCAUCUCUUUGGAAAGGAGCAAAAGACAUGGAGGCCAGGCUCCUGCUUACAUAUAUCUGCCAUCCUCAAAAGUAGCUUUUCUUCAGUGUUCCCACAGAACCUAAAACAAUGUCAGACCUAAAAUAUAUUCCCAAAACCCCAGCCCCCUAAAUGGGACAGGUAGAUGGAUGUCUAAUUCCUUGGGGAAUUUGUGCUGCUGCUGAAAUUGUAUAAAGUGCAGUUGAGGACUUCUGAGAUGUACUUGUCAGCCCACAGAGUGGCAUCAGUCAGACUCUCGUCUUUCUGAACUUAUCCUAGAGUCUGUUAUUGCCUUUUAUUUUGGUCUGGUGCGGAAUUGUGGAAGCACUUUGAAUACUUCUGCAAGGAGAUCUAUUGUUGUCUGUUUUUGUGCCAUGCUUGUAUUGAAGUCUCACGUGGUCCAACUGUAGUCAGAUUUCUUUCUUUUAACUUGGGAUGCCUCCUUACCUUGCACAGACAUGGCUUGUCUUGGUCUGGUGGGGUCUGCAUACACUGACUUCUCUCAAUGGUCAUAACAAAACUGAUGUUUCAAAGCCAUGGGCUGUGCUACCUGUGAUGGGUGUUCACUGGGUGGUGUGAUUCUGCUGGUGCCUAAAUUUCACACACAAUCAUCUUUACAAUUUAGGUUCCUGAGAAUUUCCCCCAGGCGUAAUGGAGCCGUCUCUGUAAUCUCCUGAUAGAACUUCUGUUCCUCCUCUGUAAUCUCCAGACAUGUGUGAGCCAUGGCUUCUGAAUCACCCAUGUGUUAACAAGCAGUGACCAGCUGGAGAAGAGAGUUCCUCUGAGUUACCAGAUGACAAAGUGCAUUGCCUUUGAGAUUGGGAAAGGAGGGCUUUCUGGAUGAUGGGUUUAGUUUUAAAAGCAAGCUUGCUCAGAAUCUAUCUCCUUCCUAACAAAACUGGACACGUUCCUGUUGCGCUUUGCUCUCCACAUUUUUUGCCUUCCUGUGUGUUGCUGCCCAGGCACCAUCUGAUCUCCUUACCGGGCCUGUCAACACCAGUGCAAUUGAACCAGUGAACUGGGAAGAGCACGGAGAGGAAGGGCCUCUUAAAGCCUCUUGUUCUCUUGGAAGUGGCAGCCAACAAGUGGAACUGAAUGUGGAUGGAGACUUUGCUCUGUCUUUUAGCUUGGGUAGAACAGUCAGAGAAUCUCUAGCAGUACAGGAGGCCGAGACCACCAGAUUCAGUUCCUUUGUGAUUAUCUGAAGGGGGCAGUUUUUCUCUCAGAUUAUGGCCUAGUUGUUCAAUAUGUUUUUCCUGGGUAUGUCCCAUGGUUGGAGGGCUCUCUGCUUGUCCUAGGUAUGCAGAGCACAGAGAGAAGGGACUUAGACCUCUCCCCUCACCAUUGUCCUACCCUGAACCAGUCAUCCACAAUUUGCUGGGCUGGGAAAUUAACAUGUAGCCAUAUUAGAAUAUGCACAGCCCCCAAAAUGGGAAAUAAUAACUCCCAGGAUUCUUUCAGGUCACAAAAAUGGUGUGUGGGUGGGUGGGGGACAUGUAAGCCCCUUCUCCCUGAGCUCCACAGACCCAGUCUGUGAUUGGACCUCUGUGCACCUGGGAAGCACAGAGUGUGUUUGACCUGAACCAGGAAUGUACCCAGGGAAAAUAAAACAUGUGGUUAAUCUCUGAGAGUUUAAUUAUGCCCCAAGUUACUGAAGGAAUCUUCCUGCCUCCCUCCCUUUUAAAACAUGAGUUCUAAUGCAGUAUAUUGGAUAAAAAACCUGUUGAGUAAGCUUGUUGCUGAGGGUCUGGUGACCCUCAUAGCAGGAUCUGUGGAGAAGGAACAGCAGCUCCAAACUCGAUGUUACAUCUGGCACAGUUGUCAUGUGCAGUAUUUUGCACAGGCAGAGCCCCGCAGCUGAGCAAAUAGGACUCUCUCAGGCUAUUUCAGCUCUGGAAAAUGAUCUGGGAGGGAAGGCCAAAGCCCCUCUUCCCCUACACUGCAGUUCCGAGCCAAAUUGGUUCCUGGCACACUUGGGAACUUAGGUUCCCUGGUGUUACAUUAUUGCUGUGCAAAGAUCAGAGUUGGGUCAUGCAGGAUGAAAUGUAUAUUUUGUAUCUGAGGGUUUGGAAAGAGCUCUGCUGCUAAGUUUGUGAUAUGAAAAAUACUCCCAUUACCUAUGAAGUCACAAUCCUUACCAUCUGGAAAUGUAACGUUGGUUACUUUUGCAGGUUACAAGUAAAAACCUUGAAUAAGCAUUCUUGAUCUCUAAAGGAAGGAGGAAGGCAAGGCCUGUUCUUGAGGUACUUAUUCUCCUCUACUGCCAAAGCCUCAUGGUUUGAUAGCAUCUCUGUUUUCCUCUGGGUUCCAGUGGUUGCACUUUUCUUCGUUGUGUAUGUGCGUGUGCACUGUGCCAAAUGCUCUCUUGUUUUGUGUGCCUCUCAAGCAUGCCACUGUAAAUGUGGGCAAACAAGAUUCCUAAGGAAUGACAUUAUUAACUAUAAUAUGGUUAUUAUAGUUUGUGCAGAUAUUACAAAUGUGUGUAUAUAUAUAUAUAUAUAUAUAGAUAUAAUGGCUAAAGUUCUAUACUGUGGAUGGUGUGUGUGAUUUAAAUUUGUGGAUCUGUUGCACCUCAUAAGCUCUUGUGUAGCAAGAGGGAAGCUAUGCUAUGCAGACUGACCAGUGGCUCAACGCCUGUAAACUCAUCGUUAUAGGAGCGCAUAGCUUCUGCCCAUCUUGCAGGAGAUUUGAACAAUGGCUGCUGCACCUGAUAAUGGAGUGGUUAAGGCAAUACAUAAGGCUCAGUAAGAAUGUACCUGCACCAGCACUUAAUUUGAUUGUAUGUUGCUUUCCUUGCUCAGCUGCCCCUAUGGGAUCAGUGUCAGGGUUCCGAACCUGAGUGGAGGUGCAGGAUCUAUUCUUUUGUUGUAAUCAUAUUCUCAGCCCCUGCUCACCUGCAGGAGUGGCUUUGGCACUGGGCUGCCCCAUGUUACCAUGUUCCUGGUUUUUGAGCAACCAAGUACCUUGUAGCUGUUCCUGCCUCUUUAAUCUGGUGGCAGCAGAAGCAGCAUGUAGAUCCAGCCGUAUUCUCAUUGGGUAGGAGGUAUAUAGGCUUAUGAUUCUCUUCCUGAUGGGCAUAUUGAUGCUUAUGUUAAGGUCAACAUGUUUCUGCCUGUGCCCUGAUUUCAAAAUCCAGAAAAAUAAUCAGUUCUAAUGGAACAUGCCGGAAUCUACCAUUGCAUGUUGGUUGUAGGGACUCAAGAGGGACAUACUGCAUUUUGGAAAUGGUAUAAAGUGAAGACAGCCAAUGCAUUUGGCCUAACUAGACCCAGGUGAGGGUCCAGCAGACCUAGGUGUGUCAGUCCAUCAUAAACACAAUGGCACGCCUUGUCCAGAAUAAAAAAUCCUGACCUGGUUUAUUUUCUGACAUCUCUACAACAUCUGUAAAGUAAAUCAGCAAGGCUGGAAUUCCGGUCCUGAAUAGAGGGGUUUUGCUGUUCUCUGGUUCCAAGCAUGUCUUUCUCUGCAGUGAAAUCUAAGCAGCUUUUUGCACAAAGGAUCUUUUCUGUAAAAAGCCACUGUUCUUGCUUUCUGCCAAUGUACUUUGUCUGUAACAGAGCCCCCCAAGAAUUGUUAACCUCACUGUUUAUCUGCUUGCCUGUACCAUCCAGCAAAGGUUCUCUGACAUCCAGGAGAGGAAACUCCUGUAGUUUGAGUCAGUUUGUACAGUUGGGUGUAAGUAACUUGCCGCAUUCACACAUUUGAUAUAUAUGAUGAUUUCCCUUUUCUAUGUCAAGUAAAUAUUUGUAAGAGUUAUACUCACACAAAUUGAAUUACUAUAAUUAUUACUAAUAUAUUUUUUCCAUGUUCCAUUGCCUGAAUAAAAAUGUGUUUUCAA